UUUGUCAAGACGAGAAAAUGGCAGCGCCCAUGCCCAGUUAUUCCCUUUUUUCUUGCCAAGGCUGGGCGUGAAUUCUGAAAUGAUUAUUGCAUUUUGUCAGCUAAGCUGAACCAACAUAGAGAUAACAUUUAAUAGUUUUCCCACUCAAGGAGUCGAGCAACGGACUAGACAAAUUGAAUACCAUGGGGAAAGUCCAGUCCCAGAUUCUUCAGAUUCUAAUGGCCUUUGGUGCGAUCUUUGUUGUGUUUCAAAUUUACGUUUUCAAAUCAGCUUGGAUGAAUGAAGAUGAUUCCGACAAGGAGAGAAACGAAAAGAAAAGAUCUGAUGACUGGACUCCGCCUCUUGACUACAUCACGGUCGAAGCAUUCACCAGCAUAGCCAAGGAGUACAAAGUACCCCUGUUCCUGCUCGAGCCGGCCAUCUUGGAGUCAGUAUGGGCUCAUAGGACGGGUACAAGACCCUCCAAGGGGCGAUGCCGGUUCCUGUGCAAGGGUGCAGAUUCCACUACGUUUGGUGUUAUCUCUGCUCAGUGGAUCACGCAGAAUUUCCUGGAUGCCAUGUGGAGAAGUGGCUUCAGGUCAUCCCUCUCCAAGGGCAGCGAUCCCAGACUCCUCUCUGUCAACGAACUGGUCCCACCCAGCGUCAUUCCUCAGCAUUACUUCUUCCAGUACCAAGCACACCUCAUCCACCUGGUGGUCUUCUAUGAGAGGGCGGGGUCGUACCUCUGGCACGGUACCGCCUCCGAAGGGGAGUGGGAGCCGGGUCAUGAUGGGCAGUUUCUCUGGUUUCCAGUCAAGAGUCUGCAGUUCGGGGGUGAGCGAGAGGGUGCUUUUCAAAAAAUGGAAUUUGCAGACAUCAAGAUAGAUGGUGUAUCACUAACGGUCCCCAAGCACCCGAUGAAACUACUGCAACAGGUGCCAAAUUCUACUUUUAUAGAGUGCAAUUACCAGCAAGCUAGGGAGUUCCUGACAGAGAACGGUAUGGAUGAUACUCCCAAAGCUGCUGAUUUUAGAAGCAGAGCCAGAGCGAUCCUUGAGAGGGGGAUGAUGGCCUUAGAUGGAAUAGGGGUUCCCUUCUGGAUCAGCAGUGGAACUUGUUUAGGUUGGUUUCGAGAGUGCAAUAUCAUAGCCCACAGUGUGGAUGUAGACUUAGGUGUGCGGAUUAGGGAUUAUAACGACAAGGUGAUACCAGCAAUGGAAAGUCAAGGUCUUCAACUUCUUCAUCUGUUUGGAAAGGUAGAGGAUAGUUUUGAGCUUUCAUUUGCCAGAGAUAGCAUCAAGUUGGACAUAUUUUUUUUCUACGACGAUGAAGACUUUAUAUGGAAUGGUGGGACAGAUGCCUAUACUGGAGAAAAAUAUCAGUAUGUCUUUCAUCAAUUCAAUCUCUGCUGGACAGAGCUGGUGGGUCUCCGUGUACGGAUCCCCUGCCCUACCCUGCCUUACAUCGAGGCCAACUACGGCACUGAGUGGGACCAGAAGGUCACCCAGUGGGACUGGAAGGAAAGCCCGCCCAACGUCAGACCCAACGGAGUCUGGGAGAUGGAGGAGUGGCCUUAUGUUAUCCAGACGUUUCCAAUCAUGUGAGUCGUGACCUGUGGGGGAUCCAGCUGGAUUGGAUGCAAUACCAUUUCAGGGGCCAUAUUGUUUGCAUAAUGGUUGGUCGCCCAUAAACUUUGAUAUCUAAUCUGGCUAGAUCCGCUGCUGAGCGUGAGUGUUGACAUGAUUGUUAUGCUAAGCUGAAGCGUGUCCAUACGUGGAGGUUGGGAACUGAAGGAGUAGCCGCAGGCAGUUCCAAUCACGUGAGCCGUGCUGUACAGGGUCAGGUAUUCUGUAUGGACAGCUGAAGCAUGUCCUUGACAUGGGGCAUGUGAAUUGAAAAGAGUAGCUGCAGACUUUUCCAGUCGCAGCUUAAUCGUGUGUUUUACAUCAGGCUUGAUAUGGGAAUCGAAGAGUAGCUGCAGACAUUUCCUACCAUGUGAGUAGUGACGGGACUAUUACGUUGAGCUGUACUUUACAGAGUCGGGUAAUUUGUAUGAGCAGCUGAAGCAUACAAACUGAGCUCCUCAUUUCUUCAGUACCUUCUGGUGAGAAGCAAAGGUAAUGAUUGCAGCUGAAACACGAGUCAGGAUAAAAUCAGAUAGAAUUCUGAUUUUACAACAUUAUUUUCCAUCUUGAAUUCAAAUUGCUCUGGCUGUGUAGGUCACCUGCAACAUCUAUAUACAAGUUAUUCGUUUUUCUCUUCCAUAUCAGUUUAAUUGUUAUCUGUCUAUACUUUGUUUAUUGAUUUUUUAACUUCCUGCUGGCAUCCUAUAGAAUAUGGGACAUUUAUAUUACAGGGUAAUCUUCACAUGCCAUUUUUUCUUUUCCUUUGUUGAUUUCACAUGCCAGAUUGAGUAUAUUUAUUGUAUAUUUUGAAAUCUCUAAUAUUCAGGUAAACUCAUUAAGGUCACUGACAUUUUGAAGCAGUGGCCUAGGCCCCAUAACAUAAAGCUAAAGGCCCCCUCACACCUAACCGAAUUGCCUGAAAUAUGCCUUGCGAUGGCUGGCGAAAAGCAUUUAAAAAAAAAAAUCGCUUUCAAUGUAACUGAUAGUAAAUCAUAUUUACCCUCCGUGUUUGGGUUCGUACACCUGAACUAACAGCUGCGAUUAUUCAAAUGCGCGCGGAAAUUUUGAACAUGUUUCAAAUUUCUUGACGAAUUGGAAAAUCAUUGGUCAUCUGUUUGAAUUCACAUCUCAUAUUUAUUCUGCAAUAAUUCUUUGUUCAUCGUUUGUGUGUUAUUGUCGCGCAUAGUCCCUCAUCGCGCUUUUCCCAAUAGUGGACCGAUAUCUUGAAAGAACCCUUAACGAAGCAACACGAUGACACAAACGUACAAGAACGCCCGAUCUAUUCCCUCGUCUUCGUUUCUAAUCGCACGCCAUAUCAAACCAUUGCUCACUGUUUGUUCGUCUUUUUUGGGUUAUAUCAACCCUUCGCUCGCCUUCGGCUGCAAGAACUCAAAGAGGUGAACUGAAAAAUCGAUAUCCUUUGCAUGUCAUAUUUAUCUUUCGCUUUAAUACCGUUCGUUGAAAAAAUUUGACAAUAUUUACUGAUCGCACGAUUUGACAGAAAUUUUAUUUGAAUUUUGCGUGCAUUUCGUGCAUUUUUCCCAUUCGUCUCCCUUCGCCCGCCUACAUUCGGUCAGGUGUGAGGGGGCUUUAAACGAUCGAUCUGAUAUUGAAUUCAACUAUUAUGAUCUAUUGCAAAACUUGAUUGUUCAUGGGGCCCCCCUUGUAUUUUAUGUUGCAUGCGCAGGGCCUUGCAGCAUAUAAUUCAGGGACUGCAUUGAUAUAUGAUUGAUUGUUUUUUUAUGACUGAUUGCAUUGGUUAUAAAGUGCAAUAAAUGAUAAAAUCAACUGUAAGAUCAAUUACUAGUCUUAAUGUUACAAUGUCAGGUAAAUUCCCAUUGCAUAAGCAUUGCUAUUAUGGUAACUUUGCCAUCCAAUGGUAAUAUCCAUGGAAUCCUUGAUUCUGAUUGGCUGUUGAGCAUUGUUACCAUGGUAACAAUGAAUGGCAAAGUUAGAUACAGUAAUUGUAACUUUUGUGCAACAGGACCAUGGAGGAUACCGACACCUUUGGAGAGGUUAAUGAAACAAAAAGUCAUUGAUUUUAGCAGGCAAUUGUUGUAACCUACUGCAGAUCAUUGCAUCUAUCAUACUCGCAGUGAGCUGAGAGCAAAUUGGUCAGUGGAAAUGACUGACAAACCUCUUCAUUGUAUGAAAUGCUGCCCAGUCUGUCUUUGAAAUAUGCAGUACAAAUUGAGAAACCAUAGGGAAAUUGUAAUCUUGAUUGAUUAUGAGUAGAUGCUUCAUGAAUUUUUAGAGCCCAUUUUGAAAUAGAUUCAAUCCAUCUACUACAUGUACAUGCAAAAUGUUAGUCAUAAUGUACAAAGAUUAUAAUUAAUGCCUUUCCUCUUUUAUCAUGGAGUAAAUUCAAUAGAUAUAAAAUGUUUUUUAGGGUUACUGUGAUAUUAUUCAUGUCUAUAUUAAUUACCUUGUAUAAACUGAUAUUGAAUGAAAUAGACAUGAACUUGAAAUAUACCUGGUGCUAUCAGAACAUUGCAUGUACCUGUAUUUGAUUAUAUGGAAAAUAUGUAUUUAUGUGAUAUAUUUGAAGUUUUUUUAAGAGAACUGAAUGUAUUGCAUGUGUGACUGGCUUAUUGCUGAUUAUUAAUAAUGUUCUUUAGCUCCUAUUUAAUCGGCCUGGAGAUGAGUUUGUGACUUAUGGCCCUGUAACACACAAGAUGCAAUCAAUUGUAUAAUUAUCAUCUAGACGUGCUGUAAAGCUCUGAUGGUAUUCAUGUACAAAAAAAGUUAUAAUCAAUCAUAAAUAAUAUUGAUUUUACUGUUUGUGAAAAAUUUCCAGGGCCAUUGAGAGGGAGGAUCAAGGCCAGUCCACAGGGUAUCUAAGACUGGAUUUUGAUGGUUCUGAGAUUUUUACUCCU